AUGAAGUCUUCUUUUAUUAUUGCUAGCCUCGCUGCUUUGGCGGCCGCCGCCCCCUCGGCGCAGGAGAAGAAGAUCCAAGCCAUGCGCUUGGACGGCAAGAUGGUUAUGGUUGAUUCCAAGAACCCUGGCAGCAAGGCACCCCAGGAGGCUGUCGAGUGUGGCAUUGAGCUGACGCUCAUGACGCAGAGCUGCCCUGCUAUUAUUGAAAAGGCAAUGAAGUUUGCCGGCACGGCGCCCGAGGAUACAUUCACCAAGGUCUUUGGCAAGGCGGACAAGCCCACGCGUGACGCCGUGGCCAAGACACUGGGCGAGAUGCAGAAGCGCUGCGGCGCCGCCAAGAACGACAACAUCAACUACCUGUGCAGCGACCCUGAGAAGAUGUGUGCCGAGGGCCAGUAUGCGUGGUACUAUUCGGCUGCCGGCGACAAGGCCAUCAACACACAUAUCUGCCCCAUUGCCUUUUCCGUGUUCGACUUUGACUACCCCAGCGUGUGCAACGAGCGCUUUAUCUACGGCCAGCACGCUUUCCUGGUCUGGGCCAUGGGUGCCAACCCCAAGGGCGACCUGGGUCUGGACUUUGAGAACGAAGAUAGACUGAAGAAUGUUAUUUCCUACAGUGCCUGGACACAUUUCUUUGGCAAGCAGGAGUGCGAAGCUGACAAGGCCAUGUCACCCAACCCUACCUUACUUACCAUUGGCAAAUUCUAA